AUGGAAGAAGCUGACAGAUUAAAAAGAGAUAUUCAAAGGUGUGCUUCCCUUACAGUACAUUUGGAUAGAAAACUUAUUACAGAUUUAACAAGUAAUAAAAGAGUAGAUGGCCUUCCUGUUAUUGUUUCUGGAAAUGGAAUAUCUCAACUACUUACUGUGGCAAAACUUUCCACUGGCACAGGAGAAGCACAAGCAGCGGCAGGUCAGAUUUUUUAUAACUUGAUUUUACAACACAAAGAAGGAGGAAAAUUGGAAGGAGAUGACUACUUGGAUCAGGAAAAAGAUAAAGAAAAAAUGCCAGGAUAA